AUGGCCAAGUCCCUGAUGCUGUUCUGCACAGCGCUCGCGGCGUGCCUCGCGCUUGCCGCCGCCGACUGGUCUCAGGGCACCGCCACGUUCUACGGUGGACCCGAUGGCUCCGACACGAUGGGAGGCGCAUGCGGCUACGAGAACCUAUACAACGCCGGGUACGGCGUCAACAACGCAGCGCUGAGCCCGGUGCUGUUCAACGACGGCGCGUCGUGCGGGCAGUGCUACGUCAUCAUCUGCGACGCAUCACGCCCGGGCGGCCAGUACUGCAAGCCUGGCACAUGGAUCACCGUGACGGCCACCAACCUGUGCCCAUCCAACAACGCGCUGCCCAACGGCGGGUGGUGCGGCCCGGGGCUGCCCCACUUCGACAUGUCGCAGCCGGCGUGGGAGAACAUCGGCGUCUACAGCGGCGGCAUCAUCCCGGUGCAGUACCAGCAGGUCAAGUGCUGGCGCAACGGCGGCGUGCGCUUCAGCAUGGCCGGCAACUACUACUUCCUGCUCGUGAAUAUCCAGAACCUCGCUGGCAGCGGGUCCGUGGCCGCCGCCUGGAUCAAGGGCGAUAACACGGGGUGGAUCCAGAUGUCCAGGAACUGGGGCGCCAACUGGCAGGCGCUCGCCGGGCUCGUCGGCCAGGGGCUUAGCUUCGCCGUGACCAGCACAGGUGGGCAGUACAUCCAGUUCCUCAACGUAGUGCCAGGAUGGUGGCAGUUCGGCAUGACCUUCAACACAAACCAGAAUUUUAACUACUAA